CUCAAUACUCUGUUAUAUAAAAGAGGCAUGCUUCUUAUCUCUGCAUAUGUGUGUUCGUGAUCUUCUCCGGACUCAUCAAAUGCGAACUCAAGCACCGAAGAUCGACUCUUAUCCUGCCACUGCCACUGACAGUUUUGAUGAAAGAUUAGCGAGUCAGAAGGAAAUAGAUGAUUGGCUUCCAGUUACUUCUUCAAGGAAUGCGAAAUGGUACUACUCAGCUUUCCACAACGUUACGGCCAUGGUUGGAGCUGGUGUACUCAUUUUCCCUUAUGACAUGUCCGCGCUAGGAUGGGGUCCUGGUAUGACUGUACUAGCCCUCUCGUGGAUCAUAACACUGUAUACUCUUUGGCAAAUGGUGGAGAUGCAUGAAAUGGUUCCAGGAAGGCGUUUUGACAGAUACCAUGAGCUGGGCCAGUAUGCCUUUGGUGAGAAGCUGGGCCUCUACAUUGUGGUGCCUCAGCAACUUCUUGUUGAAGUUGGCGUGAACAUUGUCUACAUGGUCACUGGAGGGGAGUCAUUGCGGAAGUUCCACAAAAUCGUCUGUCGUCAUGACUGCGAUAAGAUGAACAAGUUAUCCUAUUUCAUUAUGAUCUUUGCCUCUGCUCAAUUUGUACUAUCCCAUCUCCCCAACUUUAACGCUAUUUCUGGUGUAUCUUUGGCAGCCGCCGUCAUGUCCUUUAGUUAUACUACAAUGGCCUGGGCAGCAUGUUUAAAACAGGAUAUUGUACAUAAUGUAGGUUAUACAUACAGGUCAGAUCAUAGGACUGCAGAGAAUGUGUUAAGCUUCUUUAAUGCCCUUGGCAAUGUGGCUUUUGCCUAUGCUGGACACAACGUGGUGCUGGAAAUCCAAGCAACAAUCCCAUCUACACCUGAGAAACCAUCCAAGGGUCCUAUGUGGAGAGGCGUUGUUGUCGCCUAUAUAAUCGUGGCUUUAUGCUACUUCCCAGUUGCUAUCUUUGGUUACUGGGCUUUUGGAAAUCAGGCAGUGGACGAAAAUAUUCUCAUUACGUUAAAUAAACCAGCAUGGCUUAUUGCUACGGCUAAUUUGUUUGUCGCUCUCCAUUUAUGUGGAAGCUAUCAGAUUUAUGCAAUGGCAGUUUUUGACAUGAUUGAAACCGUGUUGGUAAGAAAAAUGAAAUUCAGACCUACUAAGUUUCUUCGUUUUGUCGUGCGCAAUGUAUAUGUGGGGUACACAAUGUUUAUUGCUAUCACCUUCCCAUUUUUCAAUGGUCUCCUGGGGUUUUUCGGAGGAUUUGCUUUUGCCCCCACAUCAUACUUUCUGCCUUGUAUCAUGUGGCUCACAAUCCGCAACCCAAGGAGAUUUAGCUUGUCUUGGUGGGCUAACUGGAUUUGCAUUUUGCUUGGAGUGACCUUAAUGAUCGUAGCACCUAUUGGCGGAUUCAGGACAAUCAUAAUUAAAGCCAAGACCUACAACUUUUACUCUGAAGUUAACAGUCACUCUCUGAAGAAAGAGUGAUUUGUGGCAUAUGCAAAUCAAUAGAAACGAAUGAAGCUGAUGGACCUGAAGCGGAGCUGGGGACUUGUUUGUUGGGGUUAGCCCGCAAAUCUUCACGACAGAUGUAUAUUAUAUUUGUAGUUUUCUAUUAUAUGAGAACAUGUUGCUGGUGUUUCUUCUGGGAAGACUAUUGUCUGUGUUUCUUCUGGGAAAACUAGAAUUUCUAUUCCUUUAAUUUAUCGCUCCAACCGCAAUAAGAGCAGUGUCCAAUAUAUGUCGAUUUGCAUUGAAA